AUGGGUAAAAAAGUAAAGAAGGAAGCAGAGCCUCCACCCAAGGAUGUGUUUGAUCCUUUAUUGAUUGAAAGCAAAACACCAGCAACAGUUGUGCUAAUGCUUAGUUCUCCUGAAAAUGAAGUUUUGGCCAAAGCAUGUGAUGCCCUAUAUAAAUUUGCAUCAAAAGGUGAUGAAAACAAAGUGACACUUCUUGGUCUUGGAGCACUGGAACAGCUGUAUAAACUCCUCUCACACGAAGAUCCACUUGUACGCAGAAAUGCCGUCAUGGUAUUUGGCAUCAUGGCUUCUAAUCAUGAUGUCAAGAAAUUACUGAGGGAACUGGAUGUCACAAAUUCACUUAUAUCACAUCUAGCGCCAGAAGAAGAUGUAGUUAUCCAUGAGUUUGCAACUCUUUGUCUAGCAUAUAUGGCUGUUGAAUAUACUACUAAAGUAAAAAUAUUUGAGCAAGGUGGGUUAGAACCACUUAUCAGACUUCUAGGUAGCCUUGAUCCUGAUGUUAAGAAGAAUUCGCUUGAGUGUAUCUACCUUUUGGUACAGGAUUUUCAAAACCGUGCUGCAGUUUGUGAACUGAAUAUAAUUCCACCCUUGCUGGGACUACUGGAAUCUGAAUAUCCUGUCAUUCAGUUGUUGGCCCUUCAAACCUUAGAAGUAAUUAGCAAAGAGAGAGAAACCAGGAUAUUACUGGGAGAAAAUAAGGGAUUAGAUUGCCUUCUGAAGAUACUGGAAAACAAUGAACUCAGUGAUCUACAUGUUGAAGCUCUUGCUGUGUUGGGAAAUUGCCUCGAAGAUGUGCAUAUUCUGCAACAGAUUCAGCUGACAGGAGGCCUUAAAAAACUACUUUCAUUUUUAGAAGUCUCUACUGUUCCUGAUAUUCAGAAGAAUGCAGCAAAGGCAAUUACCAAGGCAGCUUAUGACUCUGAAAUACGAAAAAUCUUACAUUGGGAAGAGGUCGAGAAAUUUCUCCUAAGCCUUUUGGAUACUAACAAUGAUGAAGUUAAAGUUGCUGCUUCCCAAGCCAUUUCUGCCAUGUGUGAUAAUAUAGACAGUAAAUGUGUCCUUGGAUUCCAGGGGAUUCCCCAGCUAGUACAGUUGCUAAGCAGUGAUAAUGAAGAGGUAAAAGAAGCUGCAGUGACAGCAUUAACUAAUUUGACAACAGCCAGUCCUAGAAAUGCAAGUAUUGUUGCUGAGGCUGAAGGAAUCAAGCCAUUAAUGAACACCUUGAAUGCCCAGAGAGAUGGAGCCAUUUCCAAUGCCAUUGCAGUGCUAACAAAUCUGUCCCUGCAAGAGCCAUCCCGCGUCAAUAUCCAGAGCCAGUGUAUCAUGAAUGCCCUUGUGGGGCCUCUGCGCUCAACCAACAGCCAAGUGCAGAGCAAAGCAGCGUUUGCUGUGGCUGCCUUUGGUUGUGAUGCUGAUGCACGAACUGAGUUAAGAAAUGCAGGAGGGCUGGGACCACUCAUUGAAUUGCUGCAUUCUAAGAAUGAAGAAGUCAGAAGAAAUGCCUGUUGGGCUGUUAUGGUCUGUGGAAGUGAUGAACUAACUGCUGUUGAACUAUGCAGGCUAGGGGCUUUAGACAUCCUAGAAGAAAUUAAUCAGUCAACAAAGCGUAAAAAUAAGUUUAGUGAAGCUGCUCUGGAAAAGCUGCUUGAUAACAAUCUUUCCCAAAAGUACAGCCGGAUGGGAUAUUUAUCAUCAAGUAAUAUCAUUACUAAUGGAUUCUAUGAUUGUGGUCAGAUAAAACAUGGAGAGAAAUUUUUGUCUUUGGAAGAACUAAGCAAGCAAGAGCUUACUGACCGUCGGGCAAUAAUCUUCAUUAAUGCUAAACCCCAAGAAAGUGUUGUAGUAGAGAAUGUACAAGAUGAAUCAUCGUCUGCUUCAGGAGCAAGCAGCAAAGAAAAAGCAAGAAAUGAAAUGUGCAGUAAGAAAAUCAAGACAAAAAUGAAACCUGCUUUUGAUCUCAAUAGUUCAGUGGUAUCUUCAAUAGAGGAAAAACAGAAGUUACCUGGACAAUGGUGUUCACUCAGCAAAAGCCGCACUAGGGAAGAAGGCUUGAAAAAAGGGAAGGGGAAAAAAGAGGAGGAAAAACCAAAAGAAGAUAUUGAAGUUGCGGUUGCACAUACAGUCCAGCAGGAAAUAAAUCCAGAAAAUUCCCAUUGGCUACCACCACCUGACUUCAUUUUAAUGGAUUACAUUAAUGAUGCUUCCAAAACAAUUCUACCACUAACUUCUACUCGGGAACAGGUUGUGGCUCUUGCACAGUUUGUUGCAGACAAGAUGGGUGGCUCUGUUGGAAGAGAGCAACUACAUAACUUCUUCUGGGAACUCGACAUGAGUAAAAUAGAAUUCGAACUGAAAAGCAACGUUGUGCCUAUCGGGAAAAUCAAAAGAGGGACGUUCUAUCACAGAGCCUUACUUUUCAAGGUGAUAGCAGACAGAAUUGGCAUUGGCUGUAGUUUAGUUCGUGGCAAGUAUAACAGAGCUUGGAAUGAAGUUAAAUUGGUUGAACACUCUCCUAAAGGGCUUCUGCUUCCUCCUCAAGAGUAUAUUGUAGAUCUAAUGUUUGAACCAGGCUGUUUGCUAAAACAAGGAAGUGCAAAGGCUGAUCAAUACAAACGCAUUUAA